UGGAUAUAAAUGUGGUUAUGUGAUCACCGAAAAGCUAGCUUUUACUUGGGCUGUUCUCCCAUUUGCCAAAAACUACACCAUAUUUUCUGUCACUCUGCAAUCUUUUUGAUUUCAUAGCCUGAUCAUGUGAACCAGGUGUCCUCUUUAAAUUACUUUUUUUUUUCAGUUCAUUUCCGCUUUGUAUAUCCAUGUAUGAUGUAUGAAUAAUUUUGUUGGCUGUCUAAUAUAGAAAAUUUUAUCUUUUGUGUCUUAAGGGAUUUCUUAUAUGAAUGGCAAAUUGUUUAAUCCAGGAGCAGAAAUAAUGGCAAGAGUUUCUCCGGUAGUUAUCAGUAUUUUGGUGACAUGUUUCUGGACUGCCAUUGCACAAGAAGAAUAUGCAAAAUACAGAGACAGUAACCAGCCCAUUGGCGUCCGAGUCAAGGACCUGAUGAGCAGGAUGACUUUGAAGGAGAAGAUUGGCCAAAUGACACAAAUUGAAAGAAGCGUGGCUUCCCCUCAUGCCAUGAAGAAGUAUUUCAUUGGGAGUGUUUUGAGCGGAGGAGGGAGUGUUCCAGCUCAACGGGCAUCUCCCAAGACUUGGGUGGACAUGGUAAAUAAGAUCCAGAAGGCUGCCCUCUCAACCCGUCUUGGGAUUCCGAUGAUCUAUGGGAUUGAUGCUGUUCAUGGCCACAACACUGCAUACAAGGCCACCAUUUUUCCUCACAACAUUGGCUUAGGAGCCACAAGGGACCCUGCACUAGUCAAAAAAAUAGGAGCUGCAACAGCUCUUGAAAUCAGAUCCACAGGCAUUUCAUAUACUUUUGCACCUUGCAUCGCGGUUUGCAGAGAUCCAAGAUGGGGUCGCUGUUACGAGAGCUAUAGUGAAGACCCUGAAAUUGUACGCGCAAUGACUGAAUUUGUACCAGGAUUACAAGGAGACAUUCCAUCCAAUUCUCGAAAGGGUGUUCCCUAUGUUUCUGGAAAAGAUAAAGUUGCAGCGUGUGCCAAGCACUAUGUAGGUGAUGGUGGAACCUCCAAAGGUCUCAAUGGGAACAACACUAUCAUUAGCAGGCACGAAUUGCUCAGCAUCCAUAUGGCAGCGUACUACAAUGCCAUCAUCAAGGGAGUGGCCACUGUCAUGGUUUCCUAUUCUAGUUGGAACGGAGUAAAGAUGCAUGCUAACCGUAAUCUUAUCACAGAGUUUCUUAAAAACACUCUAAAGUUCCGAGGCUUUGUUAUCUCGGAUUAUGCUGGUAUAGACCAAAUAACUACGCCAUCACAUGCCAAUUACACGUAUUCCAUUGUGGCUGGAAUCAAUGCUGGCAUUGAUAUGGUCAUGGUGCCAAUGAAAUACAAGGAAUUUACUCAUGGUCUAUCUGUGCUGGUAAAGAAAAAAUUUAUUCCAAUGACGAGAAUCAAUGAUGCAGUAAAAAGGAUUCUAAGAGUAAAGUUUGUGAUGGGUCUGUUCGAGAAUCCGAUGGCUGAUCUUAGCAUGAGCAAGUACCUAGGUUGUAAGAAACAUAGAGAACUUGCCAGGGAAGCCGUAAGAAAAUCCCUAGUUCUUCUCAAGAAUGGCAAGUCUGCAGACCAACCGUUGCUGCCGCUUCCUAAAAAGGCCUCGAAAAUACUAGUAGCAGGAAAGCAUGCAGACAAUAUUGGUUAUCAGUGCGGAGGGUGGACAAUAAGCUGGCAAGGAAUGGAUGGCAAUAUUACAAGCGGUACAACAAUUCGCGAAGCCAUUCAAGCAACAGUUGACAGAAAAACAGAAGUUGUCUAUAAAGAAAAUCCUGACAUGAAGUUUGUGAAGUCUAAGCAGUUCUCAUAUGCAGUAGUUGUUGUUGGAGAGUUCCCAUAUGCGGAGACAAAGGGAGACAGUUUGAACCUAACAAUACCCGAGCCUGGUCCAAGCCUUAUAAAGAAUGUUUGCAGCUCCAUAAAAUGUGUUGUCGUCUUAAUCACCGGACGCCCUGUUGUGAUUCAACCAUAAUACCAUAUCUGGCAAUUGUGGACGCCCUGGUAGCCGCUUGGCUUCCAGGAACAGAAGGACAAGGCAUUGCAGAUGUUUUGUUUGGGGGCUGUGGCUUUACAGGCAAGCUUCCACACACUUGGUUUAAGACUGUUGAUCAGCUCCCAAUGAAUGUAGGGGAUUCCCAUUAUGAUCCACUAUUCCCAUUUGGAUUUGGCCUCUCUACAUAGUUAAACUAUCAAACUGGACGAAAUGGUCAAGUAAGAAAAGUAACUUUUAGUUACAAGCUGACUAAAAGCAUGCAAUUCUUGUUAUGUACUCCCUCCGUCCCACCCAUUUCUUUACACUUUCGUUUUUUGGGUU